UGUCUCUAGCCCCCAUCUGUCAGGACUCGCACAGCAGAGAUGAUGUCAGCACAUUAUUCACAAUUGGGGAACCCCUUUCUCACAAGCCGUUUAUGAUAUGGUUGGGACACGUGUGCCCGAAAAGAGGUACAACGUACGGUUUCGUUCCCCACUUGGACAGGAAUAUUCGCCACGUCCUUGAGCUCAUGCAACCGAGCGGCCUAACGAUCCGUAACAACCGUGGAAUGGCGAAGCAAAAGACGAUCCCCAAGUUUGCCUUUAUCAUCAACCAUGUAUGCCCUUUUCGGGGCAAGGAAACGGGAACAUACAAGAGAGAAGGCCUUCAGAGGAAACCGACUGAAAGGAUUGAAUGGAAAUAUCAACCCGUUCCUUAUGUGCUUGCCUCUAUUGUUUUGGUUCGAUCAUGACCCUCGCGGUGAUCAUUACACCUCCACGCGACGGAGAGAAGCUGGAACUCCGA